UGUCAUAGACAAGAUGUACAAUUACGGACUACGGACUAAAGUUUUCGUUAUUAUCGUAAAUACUAAUAAAUAGUCAUAAAAGUUUAGAGAUGUGAAAUAAUAUUAAAAUUAUCGUAGUAGUUAUUUCUCAUGUUCUAAUCUGUUAAACCAGUGGUCGCUGUUGUGUCAUUUUUUUUUUUUUUUUUUUUGUUAAUCUUGCAUUUACAGUUCUCUGUUUCUCACUUUCUCAGCUUGUGAGUGACGAGUGUAACAGUAAUUAUUGUUAUAAUAUAAUAUAAAAACGACAAUAUCCACAUCGCGGACGACUACAAUUUGUCUUGGCGACAGAAUUACUGAAAAGUUCUGGUUUGUGAUUCCGUCCCGGAAUCCGAUGCCACUUUUGAUCAAUUAGUUUCUACUACAUACUUACAACAAUGGAGUCUAUGGACGUGACCUCUGCCCUUGAGUUAGCACUGAUCGUAUCUGAAAAAUUCAUCGCUGGUCGAUGGUUAGAUCAAGUCAACGUAAUGAAUGGCUCGACCGAUGACUGUUGCUAACGAUUGACAAACACCUGGUCUUUGCGGUAUGAUAGCUACUUAGGUCUUCAAAUUUGUUUGGACGGGGAUACAAAUUAUAAGUAUCAUAUGUAAUAGCGUGUGUAUACUAGAAACGGCAAAUGGUGGCCAUGAAAAAAUUGCAUAACAGUCGUGUAGUGGAGCCUACCACGGAGGCCAGUGAAUCAGUCAAAAAACUGUACAAGAGUAUAAAUGAAGUAUCACAUUUUUUGGAUGAUCAGCGUGGCCGAUCUUUAACUUGCAAAGAUCUUUUUACUGUUGCUGUUGAUACACAGCGAAUUAAGUUAAAAAACUAUUGUGAAAGAAUGAUGCUUGCAGAUCCAUUAUGUUAUGGCCGAAAAGCUGAAGAUAUCAUGUGGCGUAAAAUUUAUCAUGAUGUAUAUUCUACUGCUAAAAUUUUACACAAAAAUAAUGAUUGGAAUCACAUAGAAUUGGCACUAUUGGAAAAUCAUUUUCAGUCGGGCAUUGGCAGUUAUUAUCAUUUACUAUUCAAAUUUCAAGCAGAAAUUAAAUUCAACAAACCUGAAUUAUUUGAUUUCUAUCUACUAAUAAAUGAUAACACAGAUAAUAAUGUCAAAAAGGAUCACAUCACUCUAUUGAAAAAGAAUGAUACUAACAACAAAGAAGAAACUGGUAUGAAACAAUUAGUCUACCGUUGUUUGAUAUGUUUGGGAGAUUUGUCACGAUAUAUGUAUGAACUAAACAAACUAGAUUUGUAUUAUUCAACAGCUUGUCGGUAUUACAAACAAGCAUUAAACUAUAAACCAGCUAAUGGACUCCCACAUAAUCAAAUUGGGCGAUUGGCGUUAUCUAAUAAAAAACAUUUAGAUGCUGUUUAUCAUUAUGUCCGAUGUGUAUUUAGCAUUGAACCAUUUGAAGGAGGAGAGAAAAACUUAAUAUUAUCUUUGCAACAACAAUCUGAACCAGUUGGAAAUGUAUUUUUAGAAAAACUUUUUUCUAUUUUUAAUAUAUGGUAUACUGGAAAAGAUGAUGGACAAGAAUUAAAUAAAAUAUAUUCUAGUAUUAUAAGCGUUCUGCAAGAUUUUGAUGAUUUUAAGAACAAGAUUAAUGCAUUUGAUAAAAAUAAAGAAACUAAUGAAGAAGAUACCAUAACACCUUUGGCAAAAGAUACUAUACAAUUUUUUUCAAAUAAUGAAAAUAUAUUCAAAAUUGUUGUUAUCAUAAUAGCAUUCUUAAACAAGUUACAUCAAGAAG